AUGGAUUCAAGAAGGACGACAGCACGUUCUUCUUUUGGGAACGGAAGAACCACUAAUGGGGCUCAUGUCAAUGGGAAUAACCGGCCCGGUGGCUGCAGCUACCUCUCCAACGUGAGACCAGAAACCAGGAGCACGCUCUGCAGUGUGAUAGCACAAUUAACCGAAGAGAUGCAACCCUCGUUCGAGACGACCCUGAAGUCAAAAGCUGUGUCGGAAAACUGCACCGUGAAGUUCUCCUGUGUGGUGACAGGAUACCCUGCCCCUCAAGUAACAUGGUACAAGGAUGACAUGCAGUUGGACAGAUACUGUGGAUUACCUAAAUAUGAAAUAUUCCGCAACGGACAAAAUCAUUCCCUGCAUAUUUACAAUUGCACUGUGGAGGAUGCUGCUAUAUACCAGGCCUCAGCCAUCAACUGUAAAGGGAUCGUGUCUUGCUCAGGGGUCCUGGAAGUGGGCGACAUGAACGAGUUUAAAAUCCACCAGCGUUACUUUGCCAAGCUCAAGCAGAAGGCUGAGCACAAACGCACGGAAGCAGAAGGGAAGGAGAACCAGGAACCGCUACGAACCAUCAGCCCAGACCGCACCCAGAGGAAGCGUCGCUCCACAAUGGAGGCCUUCCUGAGCACACCAAGCUCCUUGGAGGACGAGGGCAGCGAGGAGACUCAACAGGGUCCGGCUGCAGAAACUGAGACCAGAUUACAGGAGACCGCUGUGGCCGAAGUCAAGGAGGAGCCGAUCCCCGUCACUAACGGAGUAGAGUCUACUUUGACUAAUGGACAGGCCGUCGAUGAGAAGGCCAGUGAGAGUGCAACACAUGACUCCACUCAGAAGAUUUCCACCACGCACCAAGCCAAAACUCCUUUUGUUAAGAAGAAGAUUAAGAUUUCCAGUGAUGCAAAGAUUGCAAGGGGAGAUACAAGUAAAGAGAGGGUAUCUGUUGACAGAAGAGGCAAAGAAGAAGCUUCACCCUCUGUAGCUCCGGCCUGCAAGGAGACCUCACAGCCUAAAUGGAGCCCAGAAGAAGCUAUGGAGGUACAGAACACUGUUUAUUCAACAGGUGCAAACUCAGACUCAAAAAACAAGACAAAAGAGCAUCAGACACCAUCAACGCAGGAGAAAAGAUUUUCUCGCAGGUCUUUAAAGGAUGAGCGUACAUGUGCUGAGACAAAUAUGUCCUCAAAGAAAGAACAGAGACCUUCCACCUCAGUGGCUCCAGCUGCUUUUACAUCCACAAGACAUGCUGCAUCAGGAGCUGAAAGCAAACAAGCUCCCAUACCGGAGAAGAAAGCUGGACGCAAAGAGGUAAAAGAAACGCAAAGCCCCCAUCCCGGCAUAACCUCAACUCUACCACAGUCGAGUGCCUCUUCACCAGUUGUCAGCACAUUAAAGCAGGAUAUAUAUGCAACAGAUCAUGUCACAGUCAUGGAUGUUGACGUGCAGCUGAAAGCCUCUUCUGACGGAUCUGCAGCGCACACAGACAGUCCGUCAGUGGACAAAUCACAGGACAGCAGGACUGCUUUGCCUCAGCGUUCAAGCACACCGUCUGCAAGGCAAACCAGCUCCCACCAAAAAAAGGCGUCUGUCUCUCGGCCAGCACCGCCAAGCGAGGUUACACAGGCCCAUGCAAAGAUGAGCAGGAAUGAUGCACCUGUCAGCCUUGAGAUACCGCCCGACCAGCACGCCAUCGCCUCCAAAGAACUGCAAAAGACCCCAACAGAGAAGCAAACCAAGAGACGUGACAUCCACACCUCUUCUUUGCACAGUAGCCUUCAAGAUACCAUUGAUGAGAUAAAAGUGAACACAUCAGAUAAAUCCAGGGAAUCAAAUGAAAGCCACACAGCACGGUUUACACAGCUGCCAAAGCCACCGCUUCAAAGCCCGAGUGGUGGUGGGGCUGUAAACACCCAAGAGUGUAAUGUUCUGCCCACAGUCCUCGAAAGCCAAGUGGAUACAGCUAUAAAAUCUGACAAAGGGCCAAAAAUACAUGACAGCAAGAAGGCAGAAGCUAAUGGGAGAGAUGAACUGUUUGUACCGGCUGGUAGCACGCCUGCAAAUAAAAAAAUAGUUGAGAUGGAGACGGAACCUGUCAAAGUUCUUGCGGUUGAACACACAAGAACAAAAAGGACCAAAGAUGCAGGUGAUGGGGAGAGCGGUGUAGUCAGCGUCAACGAAAGGAGAAAGAAAGAAAGUGGCAAGAAUGAUGCCAUGUCUCAGGUGGACGUUGUGGAGAAAGUCAAUCCGAAAUCCGAGACUCCAAAGUCAGAUACAUUUGAGACACCACCGCUCCAGCCAAAACCUCCACGAAGCACCAACUCACUGGAUCGCGUCAAAGACUUUCAAGAAGUUCAAAAACCUGCAACGAAAAUCAUUUCUGUCGCUGAAAUGUUGAGAUCACAAAUAAAGGCACUUGAGAUCUCACUGUUAAAUUCAGUCUCCGUCAUACCAGCAAGCUCUGACCUGGUGCAGGAACCUUCAGCCACAGCUACAGAGCCAAGCCCUGAUCUGAGAGAUGCUGAGAGAAAAGACACGUCUGAACUGAAAAAAUCAAGGUCAGACAGGAAAAGUGAGACAAGCAUUGACAAUACACCUCUCACAACCAUAAAGGCAACACUUAUGGAAGUUUAUAAUCAAUUACUUAAAGAUGAUCAAGAGCAAAAUGAAAUGUCAGCAUGUGUUCAGGCUUUGCAGGAACCUGUUGUGGUCCCACCUAUCUCUGUUGUAGACACGGGCCUUACUGCAGGCAUAGCAGAAUCAUAUAAACAUGCCGAUACCAUGGAUAUUGGCCAAGAAACUGAAGCACCUUUGAUUCUCCCUCAAGACUCUCCAGUCAAACAAAGCUCUCCUCUGCCGAUAUUGAAUGAGGACAAACUGAACAAUACAUUUCAAGCUAUUUCAAAUCAACCUGAACGUGUCAGUCACACAUAUGCAUCUCCAAUCACAGUGACACAGGCUGAUAUUCCAGAGACAAAUGUUACUGUUUUAGGUCAUACCGAAGAACAACUCAUUCAAGGCAAAGAUAUUGAAUUGGAACAAAACGUUACUGAAGGAAAUGAACUCAACAGCAAAUCUGAGAAGAUGGUUACAGAAAUUAAUGUGGCAUCCCAUUAUGAUCACAACAAAAUGGAAGAAUGCUGUGUUGUCUCAGGCUUUGUGCAGACUGCACUGAAGUCUCCCUCUGAAAGUGACUCUAAUUCUGGAAAACAAGAAAUUAAUAAUUUCGUUCAGCUGGACAGCUCUGUGGUUAAUGAACAGGUGAAGUCCGACUCAUUUACAAACCCCACUCCAGAGCCAAGUCCGUUGUUAAAGAGAAGAAGCUGUGUUUCCCCUCUUCCCUCUGCUACUCCACAAGAGCUGGCCUCUGGGGCCAGAAGGAAAAUCUUAACACCAAAGGCCAAACCUGAGGAGGUCACAGAGGCCACAUACCAAGGUGAUAGCCAAACACAGAAAAAGGAAGCGUCUCAACAGAGCAGCAAGCUCUCCACGAGCCCUCUGACCCCUUCUGUAUCUCCAAGCCUGUCCCGGCGGUCACCUCUACUUCAGCCUGAUGCUGGGGAGCAAACCCCUCCUGCAGAGAGACGCUCUCCUCUAGUGAGCAGGAGGAAGACAGCACCUGAACCUCAAACUCCAAGUCUCUUGCAACCUGAUGAGAGUCAGACAGAGCAGAAACCUGCAGAAAAGGACAAGCACAACCCAUUCAAAGCUCCUCAGGUUAUCCGUAAGAUCCGAGGUGAAAACUUUGCAGAUUCCUCCGGACAUUUAAAACUGUGGUGCCAGUUCUUCAAUGUUCUGAGUGACUCCACUAUCACAUGGUACAAAAACGAAGAGGAGAUUUCCCAGAUGAAAAGAAAUGCAGGGGAUGAAACUCAGGUGAAUCUUGCCAUUGUUCAGGCGUCAUGCAAAGACUCUGGUGUUUAUGGAUGCUCAAUCACAAAUGAAUAUGGAACAGACUCCACUGACAUCCUGCUCAGCACAGAUAUAUUGGCUGGAAUGUCUUUGCGUGAGGACCUCGGUGUUGGAGAGGAAAUCGAAAUGAUACCCCUGAUAUUCAGCAAGGGUGUAGCUGAUUCUGGUGCGUGGGGCAACAAAUUCUUCGGUCGUAUAAUGCUGAAGGAAUCUCACAUUGGAGAGGGCUGUUCUCACAAAGUCUGGAGAGCGAACGUCAUCUAUGGUUUGGAGCCCGUGUUCGAGUCCGGGAACACUUGCAUCAUUAAAGUUCGCAAUCCCAUCGCCUAUGGAGGCAAACAGGAAAGCUUUCUUGUGGAGAAGAACUUGGACACAGUGAAGCAGGAUUGUAAAAUCCAGAACUUGGCCCGGGAAUACUGUAAAAUUUUUUCAGCAGAGGCACGAGUCCUGGAAAACUUUGGGUCUUGUCUUGAGGUUAUUCCAGUCUACAUGAUGUAUCGACCAGCGAACACCAUCCCCUACGCCACAGUGGAGACUGACCUGACAGGAGUGUAUCAGAAAUACUCCAUCCUGGAUCACACAGGCAGGAUAGACAUGAGGUCUGGUUCUGAUGUGGAGCAGAAGUGCAGCGCCCUGCAGCACUGGAUCUUCCAGUGGACCAAUGGCAACCUGCUGUUCACUCGGCUGGAGGGUGUUGACACCAAGAUCACCAAUGUUGGGAUUUCAGUCAAAUCAACAGGGCAUCAAGGCUUACCUGUUGAAGGGACUCCCAAAGUUUUUGAGAAUUUCAUCUCACAACACAAAUGCAACUACUUCUGCGGUCUGCUCGGCCUGAGGUCACUGAAGGUCAUGGACUCUUUACUGACGCCGUCCAAGCCGAAGGGCUCCAGGAGCCCCUUACUUCAGCGCAGGAUGGGAGGCGGCUCCUCCAGCCCUCAGACGGCCAGGAAAGCUGCUGUUAGCCCCAGGCUGCAGAGAAAGGCUGAGCAAGACGGCAACAAGACGGCCACUAAACAAAAAGCUGCCGACGCUCCCAAAGAGGUUAAGACUGAAGAAAGAAUCACCGAAUAAGGACUGAAAGAACAAACUGCAUAUUUAUAAAACAUAUAAAGUACAGAACCCCAAGAAGACAGCGCAAAAAGAUUUAUCAAUAAUAAGAUUUAUCUAUUUAAUUGUUUUUUUACAGCCACCAUUCCUUUCCAUCAUGCCACUCAAGUGCAGUGAUGCCCUUUUAGGCUGUGGGGCGUCUCAGUUCCGGCAUACAUUUAUGUUCCGAAGGCUGAAGUUGUUACGUAACGAGAAGUAUAAUCUAUUCUGGGUUUGUCUUCUAUCAGUCAAGAGUAAUGGUUCAGAGGAUGUCGAUGCCUAUCUCAGGUCAGUAAAUCGUUACUGCAGUCAUGUGGGGCAUUUGGGACUGAAGUGGCAUUAUAUGAGGUCUAAUGUAUGCACAAUCGUUGAUGUUUUUCUUUUGUCGUGACUCUUUCUAGGGAAAAGGCAACCUUGAUUUGCAGUCAGCCCUGUGAUUGUGCAGCACGUUUUAAAACCUGGGGAGUUAUCAGUUUUUUUCUCUUCUUCUUUGUUUUUAAAAACAUAAAAAGCCAAAUGUAGUUUCACAGAACACUGUUGUACAGUGGCUACCGGUGCUGUGCUUUUAUAUUGUAUCCUGACAUGUUUACUGCGAUCCGACUUUGCACUGCAUUUUUAGAAACUGCACAUUUUAAUGCAACUGGCUGUACAAUAAAAGAUACGAUUACAUCUCGGCUGUUUGGAGACGUUGUCAGAGUGCAUGACGUGUGCCGUUUAAAUUCUGAAUGUCAGCCCUAAUAGACAUUUGCAUUUCAGUGGAGAGGGCUGAGUAAUAAAAGCCUUCCCACUCCGCCUGUCUGAUAUCAGUUUUCACAUAUGUCUCAGUGACGCCUCUUAUCUGAAACGGCGUCGUCAAAUUUUACGCACAGCCCCGUCAUCAGGACAAGCAGCUUACACGGCAGCAGUUGCCAGAUUUCUGUAAAAAAUGUAAUCAUCAAA